CCUUAUCUCUCUAUCUGUCGAAGGCCCAACUAGCAAAGCGCUUUCAUAGCCUCAGCGCACGGAGAGAGAGAAAGAGAGAUGCAAUCAGAAAACUUUUGAGGAGCAGCUAAGACAGGAAUUUCAAAGUUUGAAGCUUUGAAUCUAAAUCCAAAAAGGGUUGAUCCUAAAAACAGGAUUCAUGUCUUGCAUUUGUAGCAUUAGCUCAAUCUCUUCUUUCUCUGCUCUCUCCUCUUCUUCAAGAAAAUCAGUACCCAAGCCUCCAGUUAUCUACUGCUCACUUCCAGUUUCUCGUCCAGGGACUGUGGCGGAACCCAAGGCUGCUUCUGUAUCUGAACCCUUGUUGCUUAAUGCUGUUAGAGGAGAAGAUGUUGAAAGACCUCCAGUUUGGCUCAUGAGGCAAGCAGGGAGGUACAUGAAGAGUUAUCAAAUCAUUUGUGAGAAGUAUCCUUCAUUUCGUGAAAGAUCAGAAAAUGUUGACCUUGUAGUGGAGAUUUCUCUACAGCCUUGGAAUGUCUUUAAGCCAGAUGGGGUCAUUUUAUUCUCAGAUAUUCUUACCCCACUUUCUGGGAUGAAUAUACCUUUUGACAUUGUAAAAGGUAAGGGGCCUGUUAUAUUCAAUCCUUUACGCACUGCUGCUGAUGUUGAUCGAGUGAGAGAGUUUGUGCCUGAAGAGUCAGUUCCAUAUGUUGGAGAAUCAUUGACAAUCCUGCGAAAAGAGGUAGAUAAUAAAGCUGCAGUGCUUGGUUUUGUUGGUGCUCCUUUCACCCUGGCAUCAUAUGUUGUUGAAGGCGGUUCAUCGAAGCACUUCUCAAAAAUAAAGAGAAUGGCUUUCUCUCAGCCCGAGGUUCUUCAUGCAUUGCUUCAGAAAUUUGCAACCUCCAUGGCAAAGUACAUUCAAUAUCAAGCUGACAAUGGGGCACAAGCUGUUCAGAUCUUUGACUCAUGGGCUACAGAGCUUAGUCCUGUCGAUUUUGAAGUGUUCAGUCUUCCAUACCUGAAGCAGAUUGUGGAUGCUGUUAAAAAGACGCAUCCAAAUCUCCCGAUAAUCCUUUAUGCUAGUGGAUCUGGAGGUUUGCUUGAGAGGCUAGCUUUAACAGGGGUAGAUGUAGUUAGCUUGGAUUGGACAGUUGAUAUGGCUGAAGGUAGGAGGCGAUUGGGACCUGAUAUGGCAGUUCAAGGAAAUGUAGAUCCUGGUGUCCUUUUUGGCUCAAAGGAGUUUAUCACUACUCGGAUAAAUGAUGUUGUGAAAAAAGCCGGUAAAGGGAAACAUAUAUUGAAUCUUGGUCAUGGAAUUGUAGUAGGCACACCAGAGGAGAAUGUUGCUCAUUUUUUUGAGGUUGCUAAAGGAAUUAGAUACUAGAAGUAGAUGUUGCUUUGUUGAUCUUUCUACUAAAUAAUUUUUUAUGUUAUCAUUAGCCUUUUUUCCUCUUUAUGCUCUAA